GAGCCUUUAUGAUCUUUCCAUUACUUUCUGAUUUAAUAACUUUUAUUGGAUUUUAUUUUAUUGCUGCAUACUGUAUUGUUGUGGAAUUCUAUAUGGAUCGAAUUCGUCGUUAUAAUGGACUCUCGAGGCUACAAUAUUUACAUAAAGCUAUAUUUGAGAGUAAAUUUUUCAAUGCUUCAAAUCAAAAAUUGAUUGCUGUAGUUACUGGUGCAGAUGGCACGAUCGGCACUGAAGUAACUCGAUUACUGCUACAGAAUAAUUUCAAAGUGAUAUGUUUGAUUCGAAAUCGCAAAAGUUGCAAUUGGUCAAAUGAAUUUGGAAAUCAAGCGGACCUCGUAAUACAUACUGUAGAUUUAGCGAAUCUGCAGGAAGUUAAGCAAAUAGCGAAAAUAGUUGCGGAGCAAAACCCUCAGAUCGAUUUUAUCGUAUGCGCUGCUGGCGUUAUGUUGUUCCCCUUCGAGAGAACUGAAAGUGGAUUCGAGACUCACUAUGCAGUGAAUUUCUUAUCUCAUGCUAUUAUUGUGAAUUAUUUGCUGCCAUCCGUUGCUGGAAAGGAAGGAGAUAGACAUUGUAAUGAAGAGGGCAAGAUUAUUUUUGUUUCUUCUGCUGCUGCCUAUUUAUAUCUCUUGUACCCAGUGUUUUGUGAUCCAAAAAUGCUUUUCAACUAUCGAAAUGGCUAUCAAGCUUACUGGACAUCAAAAUUUGCAAUGUCUUCAUAUGCUGAUGAAUUAAAUUACCAAAUGCAGCAGCAGUCAAUAAUGUCAAACCAACGGAAAGUAACUGUUAUUUCUCUGCAUCCAGGUUGUGUUGCAAGUAAUUUGUAUCAGUAUGCAAACAUUUGGACAAAAAUUUUAAUUUUCCGGUUAUUAUGGCGUAUAAUGAGAAAUCCAGCUAUAGCAGCGGCUGAAAUUUUAGCUCUUGGAUUUGAUGAUAAUUUAAUAGGUGGUUGCUACUAUCAACAUAUGGUACCGACCAGAAUCUCUUCUUGUACAGAAAAACAACAAUUGUAUAAGUAUGUACAGGAAGUAAUAAAGAAUCUGUGAAA